AUCUUUUUCUUUGUAAUAAGAAGCCAAAAGAAAAGUUAGAGAAAUGGAUUCCGCCGCCGCAGCAGCUGCCAAACGUGUACAAAUCGAAAAGGCUCACAAUUUUAUGCGUCAAUAUCGUGAUCCAGAAUCACGUGAGCUCAAGAAGCUAUCGGCCAAUCAGUUUAUGGAUGUUUGGGCACAUUACGACAAAGAUGGCAAUGGCUACAUUGAGGGCACCGAAUUGGAUGGCUUUCUGAGGGAAUUUGUGGCCAGUGCCAAUGCCACUGACAUCAGUCCAGAGGCGGUGACCGACACCAUGCUGGAGGAGUUGAAAUCUUGCUUCAUGGAGGCCUACGAUGAUAAUCAAGAUGGCAAAAUUGACAUUAGAGAGCUCGCUCAACUUUUGCCCAUGGAGGAGAAUUUCCUUUUGCUUUUCCGCUUCGAUAACCCCUUGGAAUCAAGCGUUGAAUUCAUGAAGAUUUGGCGUGAAUACGAUACUGAUAACUCUGGUUACAUUGAAGCGGAUGAGCUCAAGAAUUUCUUGCGCGACUUGCUCAAAGAGGCCAAAAAGAUCAAUGACGUGUCUGAGGAUAAGCUCAUUGAAUACACCGAUACAAUGCUACAAGUAUUCGAUGCCAACAAAGAUGGCCGCUUGCAGCUCUCAGAAAUGGCCAAAUUACUUCCGGUUAAAGAGAAUUUCCUUUGCCGUCAGGUAUUCAAGGAGGGCAUUGAUGGAGCCACCAAGUUGACCAAAGAGGAUAUAGAAAAGGUGUUCUCACUCUACGAUCGUGAUAACAGCGGCACCAUUGAGAAUGAAGAACUCAAGGGCUUCCUCAAGGAUCUCUUGGAAUUGGUGAAGAAAGAUGAUUACGAUGCCCAGGACUUGGCUGCAUUCGAGGAGACAAUUAUGCGUGGUGUUGGCCAUGAUAAACAUGGCAAAAUCUCACGCAAAGAACUAACCAUGAUCCUAUUGACUUUGGCCAAAAUAUCACCAGAUGAUGAGCAGUAAAUGCUAUUUUAAUCUUGUUACUUGGCAUAAAUAGAUAUUUUUCUGAUUACCAAUUUGUGGUAAAUGAAAUGCAAAAAAAAGUCUUGGAGUAUAUGAAAAUUGAUUACUUUAAAAAUGAAACAACAACAACAAAAAACAUGAGGAAGCACAAGUUAUUCUCAUCUAAAUGAAUUGAAAAAGAAAAUAAAACAAAUACUACAAAAUAAAUGUUUCAAAAAAACAAAUGUUUAUGCAUGUUAAGCUUUUGAAAGUCUAUUUCCUAAAUGACACACAAACAACACAAAAUGAAACAUAAUCAAGCAAAAUUAAAUUU